AUACCGCACUUCAAACUUAUAAAAAUUAAGUUUUGUAUUAGAUUUUCGGUUUUUGUAGUAUUGUUGAACUUAGCAAAGAAUUUGCCGCAAAAAUUACGCUUUAGUUUAGAAUAUAUGGGAUAACUUUACUAAUUAAAAUGACAUUUAUGGGAUUUAAAGCAGGUACUAUAACGUUAGAUGAACCAAGAUUAAUUUAUUAUUCUGGACAAGUGCUAUCGGGAAAAAUUCAAUUCGAAUUAGGAGACCAGUUAACAUUUGCAGAUAUUAAAGUAAUUUACAUUGGUCAAGCAAUUGUAAAAUGGCCUGAAAAUGAAGUUCAGAAGUACUCAGGUACUUCAAGAGUUCGUCAGAUUGAUUUUUCUGGAAGAGAAGUUUACUUCAGUACCGAACAAUUAUUAUGUGGAGGGCCCACUACGCUCCCAGCUGGUUCUCAUUCCUUCAAGUUCUCAUAUCAAAUUCCACCCAAUGCACCAUCUUCAUUUAAAGGCACCAAGGGGUCUAUUAAUUACCGAGUUGUAGCAGUUAUGGAACACCAAGAUAUGAAAAGAGAUGAGUUGAGUGCUGAUUUUGAAGUUGUUGCACCUUUGGAUUUAAAUACUGUGCAAGAUAUCAAGAAACCCAUUGUGCUUGAAUUUGAAGAUGUAUCCAGCUGUAAUUGUUUCUGUCAGGACUCCGUGAUAAGUGUCAAAAUAGUUUUAACUGUGUCGGGCUAUUGUCCAGGGCAAAUGAUGCAAAUUAAAAUUGACUCUAAAAACAACAGCAGUCUGGAGGUUAGGAAAAUAGUUUUCCAGUUUGUCAAGAGAGAAAGAUAUCAUUCACAGCAACCAAAGUCAACAUACACACCACCAGAAGAGGUUUUGGAAACAAUGGUUCAAGGUCCAAUAUUGGCAAACACCAAACGUUCUUUCACAUGUCAGAUGAGAGUGCCAGAUAUAAUAGCAUAUAACCUAGAGGCAUGUAAUAUAAUAGAUCUUGCCUAUUUCUUAAAGGUAAAAGUAAAGAUGUCUGGCUGUGCUGAAGAUCUAGAAGAUGAGUGUGAAUUAUGUAUUGGUUUAAUACCCCUUAAGGAAACAGUUGAAGGGACAUAUAUACAUCCACUUUCAUAUUUACUUCCACAAGCUGGGUUUCCUGAUUCUAACAAUAUUCCUAAUAUACCCAUACAAAUACAAAAUGUGAAUCAAACACCAUAUCCACAAAGUGGUUCCAGUUCUAAAAUACAAUUGCCAUUUACACAGGGAUAUAAACCACAAAAUGUCAUGAAUUCUCCUGUUCCGUAUGAAAUAGGAUUUAAAGUACCUGAUAUAGUUGUUGAACCACCAUACCCAGUAAUUGAUGGCAACAUGCCACACCCAAACAAUUUUCCUAAACCCAGUGCUCCUCCUAUGUGAAGUUGAGAUUGGAAAUUUUAUCAUAUAUUUAAAAACACAAUUUUUAUAAUAAGCAGAAAAUAUAGGUGCAAGAAAGUGUUUGCUUGGCAGAAAGAUUUGAAAAAUCUUGAAUCUCUUAAAUUUAUUUUUUAUAUUUAUAAUAAUAUAGUUAUCGGCUUUAAGCCAACGUGCCUUAAAGGUUAUGAUGCCAUAGACAUUUCUUAUUUGUGCAAUGUUAAGGUUCCAAGACUGCCAUUUUUGUACUUUUCUAGAUUUGAUUUAUUUUUUUAAUAAAACAUCGUUUUAUAGUAUACAUAUAUUUCUGAAAUUUUGGAUGGUUAAUAUGAUGAAGUGGUGUAGAUCAUAAGAAAUAUGCAAAUAUUGUGCAAAAAUACUUACUCUUCAGAUACUUUUAAUGUUUUAUGUAGUGAAUGGAUAAACAUCUUAAUAUCAACAGUGAUUAAAUUUUAUCUAACA